GAUUUCACGUUAAUGGGUGAUCUCCCAUAUGUACGCGUGCGCACUGAACGUGUGCCCAUUUCGACACUAUAUCAAUAGUUCAGCAGCUGCUAGUUUACACUCUGGUCAAUUUGCUUUUUUUUAUGUGCGCGCCUUGUUUAAUAUGAUUACUCGCAUUUGUAUAAAUAGCUGAACAAAUGCAGAAUAUCUCUCACAGUUUUUCGAUACUCAUCCUGGGCUUGUCAAGAAAGGAAAUCUGACUUUGAAAAGAAAGAAUAUUCGCCGUCACUAAGAAAAGUCGAACAUGAUGAAUUUCAAUUACGAUUAUGGAUAUCGUCCGGUUUUACCGGAGUAUGUACCGACCAUUUUGAAUAGGUCUGCUUUGAGAGAUCGCUUUACAGCCGAGUGUCAUCUUCUCUAUCCAAGUUUGCCUCCUUUUCAUAAACCACACACUUCAUCUGAAGCUCUAAAUAAUGCCACGUUAUUGAGAACGCCUUAUUCAUCGCCAUAUCAUCAUGCAGUCUAUCAAUUUCGCAAUGAAGAGCGAGAAACCGCGUCGUCACUUUCGAUUAGAAAGCGUUCGAGAAAAUCUGCCUUUCUGCCCGUAACCAAAGGUCGCCCGGAUACAUCUGUGUAUUACAAGGAUCAUCGAGUUUGUACCUGUAACUUUGCACCACCAUCUUCACAAUUUCCGAACAGCCAUCUUUCACCCACGUCAGAAAUGUACAACUGGGUUUGCUGUAAAAGUGACGGCCUAGUACGCCCACCCGAAUACAAUCCGAUCGAUAUUCGAAUGUCAAUGUUCACGACACAAUCGUAUCCGAUGAUGACCCGAACACUUAAAGAGAAGGAAAAGAGACGAGCACCAAAACGGUUUCAAUGCUCCCAAUGUGAAAAAUCAUUCGGCAAAUCGUCACACCUUCGUGACCACUUUCGAACGCACACGGGAGAUCGGCCUUACAAAUGUGAGCACUGUGACAAGGCUUUCACGCAGUAUUCAAACUUGCGGACUCACACGAGAAUCCAUACGGGGGAGAAACCUUACCGCUGCACACAUUGCAACAAGCGAUUCACGCAAGCUGUCACGUUGCGCAGUCAUACGAGAACUCAUAUCGGAGAAAAAGACUACCCUUGCAAACAAUGUCCGAGAACAUUUUCUUGCAUUUCCGCUUUAAAGGCGCAUGCGCUGAUGCACAAAGACGUGCAGGCGACGUCACCCGAUAAGAUGAAACACAAAUUGGUCAAAAUAAAAGAAGAAAUUGAAGAUGACGCGAUGUGACUAACAUGUAUGAGCGCUGAUUCAUUAUCUUUGUUUAUGUUAAAUUAUCUAUUUAUUGUGGAAUUAUAUUGUUGUAGCGAGUUAACCAUGUGCAGUUACAUGCACAUGGUAUGGUAUCAUAAAAAAAUAUAUUUCAGUAGAAGACAAAA